AUGCAGGCACAGGCGCAAGUCCGAGCGUCGGCCGGGCUCCCUGCCCUCCCUGUGGAAACCUUGGUGUAUAUUAUAGGCUUUCUGGCUGUGCCUGCAACGGAUGGCGACGAGAGCGCAAUUUGCUGCCUGCUGCGGCUGUCCGCGGUCUCGAAACGCGUGCGUGUGGCUGCACUCUCAGCGCUAUACUCUGUCAUUAUCCUCCCGCGUUAUGUGCGCGAUUUUCGGAAAUGGUACAUGCGAAUGCGCGCAGCACAUCCGCCAUUCCCCUGUAUUGGCUAUGUCAAGGCAGCGUUUUUUGGUUGCAGCGACAUUACCAAAUUGACGACGGUUUCUGCUGGCUGGGAAGCAGAAAUGCUGCGCUUUUUAUUUUAUUGUGGCUCUACCAUUACGCACUUAUCACUUUGGGAGACAGAAUCGCGCGCAUUGCUCCGCGAUGCAGCACAAGUGCCGGGGGCAAACACAGCCGCGACACAGCCCAUCUGGGCGAUUGGCGAGCAAAUGCUGCUGCACAGUACAGAGGCGUCUUGCACGGAUGCGAAGAAGAUGGACACGGAAGAUAUGCCGGGCUGGCUUCGUGCGGAGCUUCUAGCGAGCGGCGCAAAACAAGUUGCCAAAGCACAUCCAGCCCAUUUCCCCUUGGAGCCGCGGUCUAAUGCAGGGGACAGGUGGCAUACGAGGCCCAAGCCGCGACCAUGUACUCCGGUUUUUCUAAGCAUUGUAUUGAGCUACCCAUUCUUUGCUAACGAAAACCCUAUUGCAUUUGCAAAUAUGGUCAUUUGGUCGCGUGUUGAGGAGCUGGACGUGUACGCGCCGUUCGAGAUGCACAAAUCUCUACAUCUGCUGUCACAAUUGGGAAACACCCACAUACGGCGCCUUCGCAUCUCCUCGCAGCACGCUACGAUUGCUAUCGAGACCAUGUCGGACGUGCCAAAAGAGGAUAAGUGGGGUAAUGCGUUGCCUCCACUUAGGUGGAAGAAUGCAUGUGCAGUGCUAGCAUUUCUCCUUACCUCCUCGGAGCUUUUGCAGGCAUUUUUGAACGAGUUUUUGGGUCGUCACAUUAGCGAUCCUAUUUUGUUGGAGGCGGCAUGUCUGCAUCUUCUUACAGAUGGCUCGCACCUCCCAUCCGGUGCUGUGGGGGCCGCCUUGGAAACAGAGACAAAAAAAAUGCGCGAUGCACUUGCAAUGCGCUUUAAAGUGACGCAGCGCAAUCAAGCAAUAUGGGGAAAAUUGCGGCACCGAGCGUGGGAUUUUCGUGAGCGUGCACAAUUUCGUCGUCAAGGCGCAUGGGAUGCCUUGUUAAAUUGA